GUAUUGCCUUCCGCAACUAAACAUCCAAAACUUCGGCGCCAGUGGAUUAAUGCGGUACGCCGUAAAAAUUUUAAACCUAGCAAUACAGAUCAUUGGCACGCAGUAUGCUCCAGACAUUUUGUAGAUGGAAGACCCACUGACACAAACCCAAUACCAACUUUAUUUGAAUAUAAUAACUACAUGCAUGACCAGGCCCAGGGUGAAGGAAAGAGGAAAACAUUGACUUCAAAACACAACAGUACUUCAUCUUCCCAGGGAAAUGAAAGUCAUUCUGAAGAGGAAAAACAAAGGACUCCACAGACUAGUGUAUCUGUCCAGCCAGUACCAGUGGUAGAGUUAUAUCAAGGCAUACAGCAUGAAAUCAUUAUUCCUGCCAAGGAAGGAGGAAAAGUUCCAAUUACCACUGAUUGGCCAUGUUCCCUACCUGGUCUCAUGCAACAUGACCACCCAUAUGUGGUGAGUCCUGUGUCAGGAUCAUCUAAUCUCACUGACACAGACUGGGCAGAUGCCGAUACCCAUAUAACAAACCUGGAGUGA